GGUUAAAAGAAAUUUUAUUUGGAUUUGGGCGCGACUUUUGGCGAGCGAUUUGCGCGCGGUGAUUUGCGGUCGAUUGAGGCUACCCCCGCACAUUGGUUGAGCGAGUGGCUGUGUGUCGGGCGGGCUCCCCACCUUGGAUCACAUGGAAACUGUUGGCAAGUGUGUAAAAGGUAUAACGCUUGCGCCGUUUCCAAAAUGACAAACACCUUGUGUGCGUGUGCCUUUGCCGGCGUCGAGAGCAAUCGCGCGCGGCGGCACAUGCACUUUGCUCGGCAGUGCGGCGCUUCCGGACGCGCUCUCCAAGACGUGUGCUGCUGAGUGGUGCCGAGAGAGCGAGGCCGGGGCCGCAGCCACCCCCGAUGGAUCCCCCGACGGCCAUGCCCUUGAGCCGCCGCCGCUGCUGCUGCUAUGGUCGGUCGAGCCAAGCGAGGCCCGGGGGCUAGCAGGGGCCCCACCAGCCUCGAGCCGCCGUCCCCGCCGCCCCCGCUGUCAUCCUCGUCGGGCAGCGAUGAGCCGCCUCCGCGGCCGGGGGCGGCCCGCGUUCGCCGCGACCGCCGCCUCCACUCGGUCAUCCGCAGCCGCGACCACUCGCCCGCUUCGGUGCAGCUACAGGUGCCACCCCCGGGGGCCGCCCAGCAGGCCUCCCCGGGCAUCAUGGAGGAGUUGUUCAACACCUUCUUCCCGGACGCCCACGCCGAGCCCCUUCCGUCCACUUCUGGUGUUCAGCAGCCGCAGCAGCAGCAGCCGCAACCACCCUUUUCAACGAUGAUUAUGGAUGGGCUCGAGUCCCUGCAGGUGCCGCACGCCACUUCAGCCCUCGCUGACUCGACAGCCUCGCAGCAGCAGCAACACCACAGCUUCAACGUGCUCUGCUUCGACACGGCCUACAAGGAGCCCAGCGCCUCCAGCGAGAGCGGAGGAUCGCCCCUGCCGGCCGCCACCGGACUCGCCGGCAUCCCCAGCGACCCCACGGGCUCCGAGCCCGCCCCUGGAGACCUCAACACCCCCGUCACUACCUCCGGCGAGCACCCGACCUUCUUCGGACCCUCCAGCGUCGUCGAACCCCCUCCCAUUACCGGUACUCAGGAUUUGUCGAUCGACCAUCCAGCGGUGACGUCGUCGACGAGUCGCGGCACGCCGGAACCUCGCGAGAUCAGCAUAAUCAGCAUCAACCCUGACGUGCAGGAAGAAGACGCGUGCAGCAUGUUUCCAAGCAAGCCUGGCGGCGUACCGUCGUCGCCGAGCGGGCUUGGCAGCCCGGUGCCGUCGAGCGGCGCCAACAUCACGUACCGCGGCGUGUUCACGACGACGGGCAGCUCGCAGGGCGGCUCGACGGCCGGCAACUCGGCCGCCGGGCUCAACCACUGGAUCCUGCCGAGCAGCGACAAGGGCCUCUUCCCCUCGCUGUUCAGUGUGCUGCCCCCGCAGCAGCAGCACUACGGCAGCGCCCCCUCACCCCUGUACGACGAUCGGGCGGCCGUCACCCCUCCUCAGCGCCCGUUCGGCACCCAGCAGUCCGACCUGCUCAACCUGCAGCUUGACGCGUGCGGCGCCAACCUGCCCCUCAAGAUCCCGCAGACCUUCUCCAGCUGCUCCGAGUCGGACAUGUACUCACGGCUGGGGCCGCAGCAGCCACAGCAGCAGCAGCAGCAGCAGCCCAAGUACCAGUGGCUGGAGCCGCAGGAGUACGCGGUGCCUGGCCCGUCGGGUCUGGUGCCUAAGCAGGAGCCGCAGUACCAGUCGGAGCAGCCGGCGCCGGCGGCCACGCCGACCGGCAGCACCACCUCGUCGAGCAACACCCAGCAGUCGUCGCAGUUGGCUGCCGGCGGCUCGGCCUUCUCCGUCCAACUCGCAGAGUACAAUCCCUCCACGAGCAAGGGUCACGAGAUCCUGUCGCAGGUGUACCAGCAAAGCCCGGUGCCGCUCAAGCUGGUGCCGGUGAAACCGCGCAAAUACCCCAACCGGCCGAGCAAGACGCCCGUGCACGAGCGGCCGUACGCGUGCCCGGUCGAGAACUGCGACCGCCGCUUCAGCCGCUCGGACGAGCUGACCAGGCACAUCCGCAUCCACACGGGACAGAAGCCGUUCACCUGCCGCAUCUGCAUGCGCUCGUUCAGCCGCUCGGACCACCUCACCACGCACAUCCGCACGCACACCGGCGAGAAGCCCUUCAGCUGCGACAUCUGCGGCCGAAAGUUCGCUCGUUCUGACGAGAAGAAGCGGCACGCCAAGGUGCACCUCAAGCAGAAGAUGAAGAAGGAGUCCAAGAUGGCGGCCAGCCACCACCACCAACAGCAGCAGCAGCACCAACAACAACAGCAACAGCAGCAGCAGCAGCAGCAACACCACCACAUGUCGCAGCACAUGCAACACAUGCAGGGCAGCAUGGGCGACGACAUGCCAGUGGUGACCACCUCCCUUUAGUCGCGGACGCUAGAGACAAUGAGAGAAAAAAGGACACCCUCCCGCCCCGCCUCGCCCCCUCCCCUCCCGCCCUUUCGAAACAAAGAGACUAUGAUAUGUGCAAAUCGCGAGUUUCUCACAACACUGUGUUCCACUUCAUAAUUACAUACAUGCGCGCAUAUAUUGUUACGUAUGAAAAACGACGACGUUGAGGAUCUUAAUACACGCGAGGAGAGAAUUGCGAAUCCUUUUUAAUAGAACUAUUAUUAUUACUACAUAAAUAUAUAUUAAUGUGAGUGUCUGUGAUUUUACUAAAUUAUUGCGGUUGUCUAUAUGAUAAAUAUAUUAUUAUUAUUAUUAUGUAUAUUACCGAUUGGUUCAUCCACGCGCUGCACUCGAUGCACACACAAGCGAGCUCUCUUAACCGUAUAACCCCACGCAAUACACCCUCGGUCUCCUACGAUAUGCCGGUUUUUAGUUAAAACAGCCGAGAGCUUCAGGCAGUGCAAUGCUUAUCGCAGGGUUCGAUUCUCGUGACAAGCAGCGAUUGAUCUUGGCGGGUAACUAAAUUAAUACUGCCAUCACUCAUUCUGCAUCUUCCGAGUUUCACGUUCAUUUUUUUAAAUUUUAUUUGCAGUCAGAGCGGAACUUUACGCGAUUGACGAACGCAGAGAUUGAUUUUUCCAUGACGUAUUUUCCUACGAGUAGAGUUGUAAUUUUCAUUUUCGUUCGAUCACAUACACACUACCAGCAGUUACCUCAGUGCGCCCUGUGUGCAUUUACGCGGGGCGAAUCCGACGCAAAGUAUUUUCAUUAUCUUUUAUCUCAAACGCGUGAAAUUCGCGAGCCGAUGGAAACAGACUUGCAAAUUGGCUUCCUUAGAAUUGAUAGUAUUUUAAUUACGGUGCCGUUUUCCAUCGCGCCCGGCGGAAUUGAGCGCCGUGUCCGGAGCUAAGACGUCACUUUUAGAGCGAGCCUGUUUCUUCCUGCAUUUAAAACGGUUCCAACGAUUCGCUGCCAAAUUCCGUCAUCUUCAGCUCCCCCUCGCCAUUGUCAAAGGUGUGCCAUUCUGGUGGGAGACAGGCUCGCGACGGAUAGGUGUAAACAAAUCAAUGGAAGAUCUCUUAAUAUUGAUGACUCUGCUAUGCGUGAGAUUCUAACAGCUAAGUGAUUGUUGAUUAACGCUAAUCAGGCCGCGUAUCGUAUUUUAAAUAGUUAAGUUGAAUCGAUUUUACAAAUCACACGCAGAUCUAUUUAUUUUGGAUUUCGUUAAUGAUAAGUUAGUAACGCGCUAAAUAUAUUUUUAGACAAUUUUAAACAGCUCUGUUGAAACUUUUAUCUUCCACGCCACCGAGGAGGCGUUUUGUUUUUUUCGCUUCUCAAAUUGGUUCUCUGAAUGUAGCUUCACACCUCCUAGUCCUUGCGUCAAUUAUUUUGGUUUCGGUUGGACCUAUGUAAUUUUAAAAUGCAACCAAAAUUGGUAAAAAAAUCCGCUUAUCUUCGAAAAUUAGGAUGCAGUAAAAAUCAAGGUGAAAAUGAUGAAAAAAUAAAUUAAGAUACCUCUCGCCGUUUUUUGGUUGAGAUGCGAAAUUUAUAGAUCCAUACAGAUAUGAAUCAUGAUAUAUAUUUUUUGUGUAUGUUUGGGCCGACUGAUGUCUAAAUAUAUUUAAAUUAUUUAUUGUUGAAAGUGUUAAAACACGUACAGAUCUUUCACUCGUAACUGGCUCAAAAACUGAAAUAUGUAUUUGCAAGCGGUGGUGGUUGCCGCCGCGAAAAAAAUUACAGUACAUGUACUUGUCUAGUGGAGUACAAUUAAGUCGAAAAUGUCCGAAGACGACGAGACACACAUGCAGCAUAAUAUUUUUGUAUUUGCGUUAGUGACUAUACAUGUAAUGUGCGUAAGUGAAAGAAAAAAGAAAUACCUGCAUACUCCGUGAAAAAGAGAUACGGGCGGAAAUGCUCUUGACGCAGACUCCGCGGGUUAGUUUGCAAAUUUAUUUAACGCGUCCAAAGCUCAAACAGAAGCCUCAUCUUUUGGCAGCCUCUCUCGAAUUGACCCGACUUCCUACAAUGUAGUUUCGAAAGAUUGAAAGCACAAUUGCAUUUUCCGCGCGGUAGUAUCUUCUCCGAGCAGUUAAAUUAUUACCUUCAUCUCUCUCAAAUGUACAUAACCCUCCUCGUCCUCUGUACAUAGAGCGAAAAUCUCUCUCACUUCUCUUGGCAGGAGAGUAAUUUAAUUGUUACACACACGAAUUUCUUGUAUGAAACGUUUUGUUUACGGAAAAAUUUUAAUUAUGUUUCGUGGCAAUUUUGAAAAUGCCGCCGACUUUGUUGCCAAAUAACAGUGCUAAUAUACUUUUAUGUAUAGUUUUGACAUUAUAUUUUCUGUAAUUUAAACCGAGGAAUCACUUAACUACGCGGAGUGCAAGUUGUUAAUGGUGAAGAAAAUUAAUAUAAAAAUGCUGCUGAGUAUUACACAUUCCUAACUAAACAAAUUAACGCUUAAGUUGUAUUUUAGGAAGAAGUAAACAGAAUUAUUACGUACGGCCGGUGCGGUCGGAUUUUACCAAGCUGACGAUUUUAUUGUGUUUUUCGUUGUUUUUUUUCGGAAGGGUGUGUUGUUGACUGAUUGACUGAACGAACGUACUUUAGCCGCAUUCUUAUUAUACACACUCACACAAAAUGUGCGAAGUAUUAUUAUCGAGGAGCCGUUGAAAACCGAGAUUAAAAGAAACAAAUCUUAUGCCUUGUUAAAUCUGGAAGAAAAAAAACUUGCCGAUUUGCUAAAUCUGCUGCUCAUGGCCUAACUUGUGACAUUUCAGUUUUCGGUUUACGGACAUAAAGUGCCAAAUUUUUGUAACAAUUUCGAAAGAAAUCACCUCCUUUAAUUAUGUAUUAUCGACGAGACGGAGUAGAGUGCAGUUUUGUACGGAUUGGCUGAUAAUAAGAAAACACACGGGGGCUUUUUCGACGUGGGCAAAAUUCGUUGAGAGUCUAUGAAUCACCAUAUUAACUGUGGCCUUUUUGAAAUGCACUUUGGAACAGCGCCGGCUACCCUGCUGAUUUCCAGAGCAGAAAACCCUUCGUUAUUAUAGAGCUAGUACAUUUACCGAAUCGCAAGAAGUUUCUUUAGGCCGUAGAGUUUAGCAAGACACAAUGUAAUUCCAAUUCGUUUGCAGUUACUCAUCUUGAAUAAUAAAUGAAAUAAAAUAGAGAAGCGCCACCGGGGUGUUUUUUCGGUGCGGGAAUUUUGCACAAACACGGGCAAAGACCGUGUUUCUGAAUUGAGAAUGGGCUGUGACCACAUACUAUAAACACAAACAGAUACACACACACACAAUAGAACCGGGUGGUGAAUGCCCUAACCCCCUUCGUGACGCGCGAAAACCGAUUUUAGAUUCGUUCGAUGAAAAUAUCUCAUUUGCUUCCAAACGCCUUCACGAACUACCAAAUACAUCUCGAUUACUUUCGUGUUCCACAAACGCAAAAAGUGUCUUUGCAUGCUGAUUAACAAAAAAAAGCGGAAAAAGUGAACCUGACUAGAGUGUUUUAAAGAAUAUGUACUUGAAUUUACUACAUAUUAAAUACUAUAAUAAGAAUGUACAAAAAGAAACAGGCCUAAGUGUAAUAUAAUGCGUAUAAAAAUUUCAAGUGAUGUGUCAAGUUUUGCUACUUGGAUUAUUAUUACUACGAUAAUAGGGCGGAAAAACAACAUUUUGCAGUAGUCACGUACACACAGCUUUCAUUAUCGGUGUUUGCAUUUUUCCGAUUGAAUGAGUCGAUUCAUUACUGCCGCGGAAAUUUCGAUUCGGUGUCAGUAGUACGAUAAUACUGUUCCUGGCUCAAAAAAGCAAUCAAAUGACGAUUACAUAAAAGUAAUUUGGCUUACAGAAAUAUUAUUCCACUCAAUGCUUGAGUUUCUAGUAAAAAAGCAAGUCGUAUUUUCAAUCGUCAAUUUACGACUAAGUUUGAACGUUUUCGUUUCAUUCAAUCAAUACUUUCGUCGUUUGAUGGCCAGAAACGGUAUUCUCUUGCUAUUGGUGUUCUUCAAUGUCUUCGUUCCAGUUGAGUGUCGAAACGAUUUACAUUCGAUGGUUUUUGCGCUGCACACGUACUCACUCAAACACGUUUCUUUUUGCAUACGAAUUGUGUAUCAAUUGUACUCGUGAAAAACUUUGUAAGAUUUUGCAGAUCGCUUUCUCUCUUGCUGGCUCUAUUAAUGGCGCUUGGAUUUUCCUGUUCGAUUUUUGAGAAAAAUUGCUACGAAAUGCAUCAUCUCUUGACAUUGUGUUUUGUUAAAUGUUCGACGCUACACAUAUUCAAUCUGGAAAUUCAUCAUUGUAUAAUAUUUGCGAAAAUAAGAGAGUGUCGCCUGCCGAGGAAAAAUGAGAAAAAUCAAUAAAAUAUUCAGCUCGUGCAAAAAA